GGCUAUUCAACCAUAUAAUAAUUACAUUUAUUUCUUUAUGUGCAUAACAAAACAGUACUUUUAUUUGUUAUUGUAUUAAUUCGUAUGAUAUUUAUUAGGAACAUUGUUGCCUCUUUAUAUAGUAUUUAUUUUAAUUGAAGCAGAACCCUAACAAUGACUCUCUCCAACCAAUGCCAGAAUCCUUCACCAGAUAAUAACUUGUCUGAUAUAUUAACUGCAGGAAAAAUGAAUAAUAUGGAAUCUGAAACCAGUGUCACUAGGAAGUUAUUGCCUCUUGCAGCUUUUUUUAUGGCUUUUACUACUGUCAUGACAGUGCUGAUUGUUUAUAUGGAUAAUACUGCAAUAAAACAUUAUCAAUUCAGAGUAAAUAUGAGUCAAGAUUAUGACUUGCUGGGAGUAUCCCAAGAUGAUCCACAACUUAUAAUGUAUAUUAGAGCAGUUCAUCUGACACCAGCUAUUGAACCAAAUCACAAACCAUUGAAGUCGGAAGAUGAAAUAUCAGAAGAUACAGCAUAUGUUAUUAAAUUGUUAAAAAAUAAGCAUAAAGGUUUCUUUAUCGAAGCAGGAGCAUAUAGUGACGGUAAAUCAAAAACUGAAUGGCUUGAAGGAAAUCUCAGCUGGCAAGGUCUACUGAUCCAACCUGAUCCCCGUCAUUACUUCAGCCUUCGUAGACACAAUCGUAAACAUUCCCAAGCUAUACACGGCUGUAUUAGCCCUUCUCCACACCCAAAGGAAGUCUCGCUACAUCCAGAAAAUGGUGGAAUUAAAGUAAACAGCAUACGAUCCAGUUUAUUAGAUAUGGAUGACAGCGACUGGUUCAACACUAGGGUCAAAUGCUUCCCUCUGUAUUCAUUGUUAUUAGCUACAAAUGUAACUAAUAUUGAUUAUUUGAUAUUAGAAACAGGUGGUACAGAAUUACAAGUACUGGAAACUGUGCCUUUUGAAAAAACGAACAUUGAGGUUAUAAACGUUCAAGUUAGAAGUAACGAUACCGAGAAAGAUACGCUUAAAAAAUUUUUAGCACUUAAGAAAUAUAAAUUUAUGGAGAAUUUUAAUGAAUCUUACGUAUUUAUGUUAAAUCAUUGA